AUGGCAGAGAUAGUUUUGGCUCCACUUUUGCAAGUUGUCUUUGAGAAGUUAGCUAACCCCGUUCUUCAAAAAUUUGCUGAGUACUGGGAUCUUGAGGAUCAGUUCAGGAAGCUCCAGGGAAUUCUGCCUCGAGUCCAGGCUGUUAUCCAGGAUGCAGAAGAGAAGCAAGCAACUCAAAAAUCUGUCAGAAUUUGGCUUUCUCAGCUCAAAGAAGCAGCCUAUAAAGCAGAGGACGUGCUCGAAGAAUUUACAUAUAUCCAAAACUUUAAGCAUACAAAGCCAUAUGCUGUGAAUUUAACCAACACAAGGGACAUUCUUGAUGAUUUACAGAAGGCUGCGGUGGAAGGACUCAGCUUACACUUAGCAGAAACGAAUAUUGGAGAUAAGCAUUUUGAAAAAAGAGAAUCUAGCUCUUUUAUUAUUGGUUCCGAGAUUUACGGAAGGGAGGAAGACAAAAGGAAGAUAAUGGAUAUGUUAUUACCAACAUAUGGAACAGUCACCAGGGGAACUACAUCUGUGAUAUCAAUAGUUGGUACUCCAGGCAUUGGAAAGACCACUCUUGCUCAGUUCAUCUAUAAUGCCGAUGAGGUAAAGGAACAUUUCAAUUUGAGAAUUUGGGUUUUCGUAUCUCGUGAUUUUAAAGCAAAAAGAAUAAUUAAAUCAGCAAUUGAGUCAUCAACUGGAAAUAGAUGUGAUUUAAUGGACUUGGAGGGUUUGCAGUCUGAACUGUGGAAAUCAUUGAAUGGAAAGAAAUAUCUUCUUGUGCUUGAUGAUGUUUGGAGUGAAGAUCAGGAUGAGUGGGAUCAACUGAGGCCGAUGUUUUGUUGUGGGCUUGAUGGAAGCAAGGUGCUUGUUACUACCCGAUGUCAAAAAGUUGCCUUGGUUGUAGGCAAUUCAAAUACAACAUAUCAUUUGAAGGGGUUGUCCGAGGAUGACUGCUUCAACAUAUUCAGAAAGCGUGUUUUUUUUACUCAAACAGAAGAAGAGAAAUAUCCAAAUCUUCAGGCAAUUGGGAAAGAACUAAUGCGGCAAUGUGGAGGCAUGCCUUUGGCUGCAAAAAUUCUGGGAGGUCUAAUGCGCUUCAAGAGAGAGGAGAGAGAGUGGUUACACGCGCACAAUAGUGAUAUUUGGAAUUUGAAGGGAUACAGAGAAGGAGUUUUUCCUGCCCUACUAUUAAGUUACCUGCAUUUGCCAUCACACCUUAAACAAUGCUUUGCGUUUUGCUCAAUAUUCCCAAAGAAUUUUGAAAUCCAAAGAGAGAAAUUAAUCCAAAUGUGGAUGGCACAAGGCUUAAUUCUUUCAGAUGGAGGUCAGCCACAAGAGGACAUUGGGAAUGAGUAUUUUAACGAUUUGCUCUGGAUGUCUGUAUUCAAAGGUAUCAAGGAAACUGAAAGUGGCUCUACAAGAAGGUACAGGAUAAAUGAAGCUUUUUACAAUCUUGCAAGAUCUAUUACAGAAAAAGAAUUUUUGGUGAUAGAGAAAGGAUUUACACGAAAGAAUAUAGGACAAGUUCAUCAUGCUUCAAUUGUCUCUGGUUACAGACCAUCUCUCAUUCCAGAAGGCCUGUUCCAAGCAAAACAUUUGCGUACUCUCCUUAUAUUUUCAGAAGGUGGAUUGCUGGAAGUGCCAUCCGAAAUCUUUUCGAGUUUUAUUUACUUGAGGGUGCUGGACUUAAGUGGAUGCCAAACAGAGCUGCCUCAGCGAAUUUGUCACAUUUCACUUUUGACAUAUCUUGAUCUGUCCAACAGUCAUUUCCACGAAUUACCUUCAGGCAUCUCUUCCCUGUGCUCCUUACAGACACUGAAUUUAUUUGGUUGCUAUAAUCUCAAAUGCUUGCCUUCUGUGGCUCUGAUUACAGGCCUGAGGCAUCUCAACAUUAGCGGAUGUGAAGCACUUGUGGGUCCGCCUAUUGGACUUCGAAAUUUAAUUCACCUUCAGACAUUGCCAAUAUUUAUUGUGCCUAUGUCAUUGAAAAAGCGACCCAAAAAGAAGCGGCUUGAGCUUCGAAAAGAAAAAUACUACUCUUUCGUUCCUGGAUCCAUAUCAGAACUGAAACAUUUAAAUCUUCGAGGUGAGCUAAAAAUAAAAAACCUAGAGCGAGUCCAUGCUGUUGAAGAAGUGAUAUCAGCGAAUCUGAUGAAUAAAGAGUAUCUGGAGUCAUUAGGGCUUUGUUGGGGCAAUAAGGGAGCAGAUGUCAUCAUGAAUCCUGCUUUAGAAGCCAAUAUAGCCGGAUUUCAAGAAAGAAAACACCACACACCAGGGACGUCAGAGGAGCCUGAAACAUGUGCUUCUGCUAGUGAUCAGGACUUUGCUGGAGAAGUUUUGGCGUGCCUUCGACCACAUAAAAAUUUGAAGAAAAUUUUCGUUGUAGGUUAUCCUGGAAUCAUAUUUCCACACUGGUCUCUUCCAAACCUCACAGAGUUGGUGUUGAUCAAUUGCCCAGGAUGCGUGCAGCUACCAAUUCUUGGUCAUCUUCCAAUUCUUAGAUCACUGUGCAUGGAAGGUAUGGACAACAUUACACAUAUUGGCCCUGAGUUCUAUGGUGAGGAUGUUGUACCAUUUCCAUCACUCCAAGAACUAUUUAUGAGAGACUUUCAAAGUUUGCGAGAAUGGUUGGUCCCAAGUGACAGACAAAUAUUUCCUCAACUGAGAAAAUUAGUCCUCAGGAAGUGUCCAAACCUUGUUUCACUCCCAUUGUUUCUCUCUCUACAGCAUUUCGAGAUGCAGAGUUGUUGUUCAAUAAUCCUUAAUGGCAUGGAAGAAUCAAACUUGCUUUCAACUUUAAUGAUUGAAGGGUUUGAUGAUUUGUCAUCUCUACCUGAAAAAUUGCUCCGAAAUAAUCGUAUUCUCACGUGCUUGAAGAUCAAAUCUUGCCCGAAGCUUCAGUCCCUUGGUUCAAAUUUUGGAGGCUUGACUUCUCUUAAAUCCCUAAGCAUUCAAUGGUGUGAAGAGCUCUCCUUGCUGCCAGAAGGAUUUGAAAACCUCAAUGCUUUGGAGUGUUUUGAAAUUAGUGACUGCCACAGUAUGGAAAUUCUGCUGGAGAAUCCACUUGGAGGUUUGAGAUCUCUGCAGAUCUUGUCAAUUGAGAAUUGCAGCAGCCUGAGAUCCAUAUCAGUUGGACUUCAAUAUCUCACAGCCCUCAAACACUUAACCAUUAUGUAUUGUCCAAAUCUAGCUGAUUUGCCCAAUUGCUCAGAGCACCUUUCUUCCCUUUCGAGUUUGGCCAUUAUAAGCUGCCCUCUGGUAGAAUGUUUGCCCGAGGGUCUCAAACACGUCAAAACACUACAAAGUCUGGAAAUACGUAGCUGUCGAAGAAUUUCAGAUUUGCCAGAGUGGUUGGACAGUUUUGCCUCUCUGAGAACACUAGCGAUAUCAGAAUUGCCUAAUAUAAAAUCUUUGCCUGUAGCUUUUCAACGCCUCACUAAGCUACAGCACCUGUCUAUUCAAGAAUGUCCCGAUCUCCAAAGACGUUGUCAGAAAGAUAGAGGAGAAGAUUGGUGGAAAAUUGCUCAUGUCCCACAUAAAUACUUCCCAUCAUCUCAGCAGCAGUAA